AUGCCUGAAAUGCCCCUAACGCUCCGAUUAAUUGGCCUCAGAGUCACAAAGUUGAAAGACCUGCGAGCCGAAGCCGCUCAAAAAAAUAGCGGGAUCAAAAGGGUGUGCCUCAUUCUCUUGUUUGAUACUGCUCCUGUUGACGUCACAAUCCACAAGUUCUUCGAGCCUGCACACAACCCACAUCCUCAGAAGAGGAAGCAAGCGGAGGUCGAAUAUCCUCUGGAGAAUGAACCGUCUCUCACACCUGAUGGUUUCGAAGAGACUAUGCCUGGGUUUCAUGAGCAUGACGAAGCAGACCACGCAAGCCUCGAUGCUCUGCAUGGCGAUGAUGACUUUGACCGAGAUGGAACCAUGUUUGUACAAGGCUCCUCGUCUUUUGCUAUGCAUCUAACCACGAGUAUGCGUAACGUUGAAUUCACGGGGAGUAAAUCGAGGCCACCGAAUUCGGCCCCUUCCUCUUCAAAUCCGCCUGCUCUCGGUCCUUUGCCCACCAAACCUGUCUCAGCUGCUGGCCAACGUUCUUCAAUAGAAGUAUCGAAUACUGCUAUACGUCGAACGGAUAAUCUCAAGCGUCGUCGUUCGACGAGUCAGCCAAGAACUACAAAAGCUAAUGAGCUUGUGGAGGCGCAAACCUGUCCGAUCUGCAGUAAACUGUUGCAGGUCGACAAUCAAGCAUUCAAUGCACACAUCGACUUCUGCCUGAGCAAGGAAGCUAUCCGAGAUGCGCAAAUUGCCGCAUCUGCGUCACCAAGCCUCAAGCGACCAUCAUCCAUUAAACCACUUUCCACGAGCAAGAGGAAAAAGAGGGAUAUAAAGAAGAGAUGA